AUGCUUCUCGCUCUCUUUGCUCUUGCUUGUGCAAAGAAAAUCGAGCAGAUUGAAGAUAUGGAUGGUACAAGAUUCAAACAGACAGUCAUUGCUGGCAGAAAAAUUACAGUAUACGUUGUUUUGAUGUCAAAUCCAGAUCUCGACGGUCAUGCAGCUGCAAACGAAGUACUUGAGGAAGCUUUUAAGAUUGGUAAAGGAUUUUUGAAAUUUGUUUACCUAGAUACAGCUAAAACACCAAGCUAUGCACGUAAAUUAAAGCUUUACGAACCAUCAUUUUGCAUUUAUCGCUCUGGAGGCGUUCUCACACUUCCAGGCAACACAACUGCACGCCAAUUAGUCAACCGCGCAUCCUUUAUGAUUCCAGAUUUCACAUAUAAAAUUACUAACGAAUUAGAUGAGAACUAUACAACAGCAGUAUGCGUAUUGUUCACAGAACGUAAGAUUCCACCUUCUCUUUGGACUGCUAUCUCUUAUGAAUUUCGUGAUAAAGGACAUCUUAUUAAAAUCGGUUUUUCCAACAAUAAGACACUCGCCGCCAGCUUCAACAUCACAGAAUUUCCUAAGAUUAUGAUGCGCAACUCUUCUAAGACAUUAAUUUACGACGGAAUCAACGAAUUCCUUCCUCUUAAAGAUGCAAUCAACAAAUUCAUUCUUAAGCGUUUGACAAACAAAGUAAAGUCUCUCAAUGUAGUUCCUGUUAAGCAAUUCAAGAGAAAAUGCCAGAAUCAAGACACAGUUUGCAUAAUUCACACAGUUGACGAAGUUACGAACGAAUUCUUAGGAUUCCGCAAGAAACAUACUACAUCCCUCCUUGAGUUCAUGUACGGCUCAAAGGGACUCCCUUACGACUGGAUGAAACCAAAUAUGACUUAUGGAAUCAAGUAUUCGGCCGGCCAGUACUUUGAGACUGACAAUGUCGAAAAUCUUGAAUUCAUGGUACCACAAGUUUUAAUCAAUAGAAUGAAAUGGCGCGAAAUUGAAUUAUAA